ACCACAGCUAGCGAGCAGAUGCCCGGCGAUACAUUAUUAGAAACAGCCCUCGGCGGGGAAUUGCAGUGGAGGAAGUGACUGUCUCAUGCCUUUCUUAUGAAUUUCCUCUGCCCAUGUCUUUCUUACAGAACCGCGGAACGCAUUGGGUAUUUGAAAAGCAGGGAUACAGAAGGAGGAAAAUGACAGUCGAGCGGGCAGAGGACUGGGGCGUUUAGAAGCCGGGGGUGAGAGGGGCCAGGAUCACCAGACUGCAGUGGUACCUUGGUGGAGAGACUGAAGGAAAGGAGGAGGGGAGAGGGGGGGAUCCAGGGAGGCCAAAUGAAACGGACUCUGAUCCUGCAAGUACGGGCGCAAUCCGUGCGGUAGACGCGGGGUAAAUGAGACGCCCCGUGGAGAGGUGAGAGCGAACCUGACGGUCUGAUUGCUGGGCGUCUUGCGGGAGGAGUCUGGCUGCGCUCUGUGCCGCAGGAGGAGGCGAAUGAAGGCGCGCAGGGAGAAAGCACCACGACAACGAUGACAACCACGCAGGAGCCCAGGUUGCCACGGGUGACGGUUCUUCAUGAAUACAUUGGUCACAGAGUCUUUGAGGUCCCCCUCUCCGCAGCUGUCGAAGAUGUCAAGCAGCUUAUCUGCACAGACACAGACUUCCCCAUCUCUGAGCAGCAGCUGUUCCACAAUGGGAAAGAGUUGCACGGUGACAUCAGGCUUGGGAACCUGUUACUCCCUGGAAGCUAUGAAGUAUUCAUGACACUUCGAGGAAGAGGCCUUAAAGGAGGAGGGAGGUUUGGCCAAACCACACCACCGCUGGUCGAGUUCCUGAAGGACAUUCUGCGGCGAUAUCCCGAGGGAGGGCAGAUCCUUAAAGAACUGAUUCAGAAUGCAGAAGACGCUGGAGCCUCAGAGGUCAAGUUCAUGUAUGAUGAAAUGGAGUACGGCCAGGAGUCGCUCUGGUCCGACGACAUGGCCCAGUACCAGGGGCCAGCCCUGUACGCCUAUAACAACGCGGUGUUUACUGCGGAGGACUGGAACGGCAUUCAGGAGAUCGCGCGGAGCAGGAAGCGAGAAGAUCCCCUGAAGGUGGGCAGAUUUGGCAUCGGGUUCAACUCCGUCUAUCACAUCACAGACGUCCCUAGCAUUUUCAGUGGAGAUCAGAUUGGCAUUCUGGACCCCCAUCAAGCCCUGUUCGGACCCCAUGAAUCUGGCCAGUGCUGGAACUUGAAGUCGGAUGUUAAGGAAAUCGAUGAGCACGCGGACCAGUUUGCACCCUACGUGGGCUUAUUUGGCAUCUCUGAGAAGACAAUCAAGGACGGAGGUUUCCCCGGCACCUUGUUCCGGUUUCCUCUCCGCAUCAAGCCCUCCCAGCUGAGCAGCAACAUCUACAACAAAGAGAAGGUGCUGGAGCUGUUCGAGUCCUUCAAGGCGGACGCGGACACUGUGCUGCUGUUCCUCAAGAGCGUGCAGGUGGUCUCCCUGCACGUCCGCGAGUCGGACGGCACCGAGCGCAUGCUCUUCAGGGUGACGGCCAGCGAGAACCCGGAGCUGAAGCUGGAGAGGCCCAGCUCCCUGAAGACCCUGGGCCUGGCGAUAGACAGCUACAGCAACGGCCUGCCCAGCGGCAGCAUCACGUGCGCCACCUACCAGCUCAACAUCGAGAUGGAGGACGAGACGGCCAAGGAGGUGCAGAGGACCUCGUGGCUGGUGUGCAACAGCGUGGGGGGCCGCGGGAUGUGCAACGAACUGGACUGCUUGGCGGACGACCUGAGGUUCAUCCCCACCAUCGGCAUCGCCAUGCCCCUGACGGCCACGGACGAGGACAAGGGAGCAGCGUCGGGCUUCCUGGGGAGAGCGUUCUGCUUCCUGCCGCUCCCCCCCGGGGAGGAGAGCACCACCGGGCUUCCCGUCCACGUCAGCGGCUUCUUCGGCCUGACCGACAACCGGAGGAGCAUCAAGUGGCGAGAAGUGGAUCAGUGGCGAGACCCUGCCGCUCUGUGGAACGAGCUGCUCGUGGCUCACAUGGUCCCCAGGGCCUACGCCACGCUCCUCCUGGAAGCCAUCAAGAGAAUCCAGACCGCGAAGGACCAGGACUUUUCCCUCUCGCCUGAGGGCGUCUACAAGGCCUGGCCGGACCUGGGGCAGAUCAGGGCUCGCUGGAAACCCAUCCUAGCUCCCCUGUUCAAGGCCCUGCUCCAGCAGCCGGUCAUCUUCUCCGCCAGCAAGUGCUGGCUGAAGGUGGAGGAGGUGUUCUUCUCCGAGCUGGACGACGGGGCGGACGGCACGGAGGCGGUGCUGAGCUUCCUGCAGGGCGCGGGCCUGCAGGUGGCCAGGGCGCCGGCCUCAGUGGCCGCAGCGCUGGCCGCGUUCGCCGCGGAGCCCGGGGCGGUGAGGAAGGUGACCCCCGCGCUGGCGCGGCAGGUGCUGCGCAAGUCCCGGCCCCGGGUGCCGGCGCCGGAGAGGCAGCAGCUCCUGGAGUUCGUGCUGAGCGACGCCUGUUACGGCGAGCUGAUCGGGCUGGAGCUGCUGCCGCUGCAGGACGAGACCUGCGUGGCGUUCUCCUCUUCCGCCAGCGACAAGGACGCGGUGUACAUUGCCACCGAGGACUACCCCAGGUCUCUGUUCCCGGGGCUGGAGGGACGAUUUUUGUCAGAAAGCAUAAAGCCGUCGGUCAUGCGAGUGCUGGUGGAAGCAGCCAAGAGCAGAGUACAACAACUUCUCUGGGGAUGUACAGGGAGACCGUGCACUCAGCUGCAGAUACUAACGCCUGAGCGAUCGGCUCGUCUCAUCAAGGAGAUCCUGACGACAGUGUGGCCUUCCAGAGACGCAUCAGUACCUUGGAGCCCUGGCAAUCAAGAGAAAAAUCACCCUUCAGUUUCUUGGCUCAAAAUGGUGUGGAAGUACCUCUACAUUAAUUUCCCUGAGGACCUUAGUACCUUUGAGGACAUGCCUUUGAUCCCAAACGUGCCCUUGGAAGACACCGUAACAUCUUUAGAGCUGCUGAGGCUUAAAACCCCAUCCCCAAUCAUUCUAGAAAGCGAAGAGGAGUCUCCUCUGCCUGAGCACCUCCCAGAGAUCAUUAAAAAACUUGGAGGAAUCAUCAUCCAAAAACUGGACUCGUCCUUGCAGCACCCUCUUCUCCAUAAAUACAUCCAUCCGCCCACGGCUUGCUCAGUGCUGCAGAUCAUGGACAGGUCCUCCACUCAGAGGGUGGCUAGUCAGGUUACGGCCUUUCCUGCCAAGUACAAAGUUGCGUUGAGAAGUUUCUUAGCUCGCCUUCCUGAUGUCAAUGAGAAAGAGAUGCGAAUCCUCCAGGAGCUCAUGAUAUUUGAGAAGAUAGGGCCACUGGACGAGAAAGGGACUCCAGCAUUUACUGUGUUGAAGGGAGCUAAAGCUUUGCAGCAUGCGGCAAAACUUCCACCCAACAUCAGGCUGUCCGUCAAUGUGAUUGACAACAGCGAUGAAGCGGCUGUUCGCCUCAUCAAGAUGUUGAACGUGGAGCAGCUGAAGAGCACUGACUGUUUAAAGUUGAUUAUUCAAGACAUUGAAAAGGGCUUUUACUCAAAAGAGGAAAUAACUGAGAUCAUGCUUUGGGUACUGAAACAUCUGUCAUUCCUAAAAAAUGAAAAUCCGGCUGUGAUACAAUGGUUGUCAUCGCUGAAGUUUAUUCAGACCGCUCAUGGAAAGCUUGUUGCUGCCACUGAACUUUUUGAUCCAGAGUUAGAGAUCCUGCAGAGCUUGUUCUACACUGAAGAAAAGAUUAGGUUUCCACCGAGCACAUUUACUUCAUCUCCCGACAUUCUCCAUUCUUUAAGACAGUUGGGCUUAAAAAAUGAAGUGCAGCUGAGUGAGAAGGAUGUUCUUCAGGUUGCGAGGAAAAUCGAGGAUUUACAGAGGACUGUCAGAAGUGAGUGGGGUCCCCUGCUUGAGAAAGCCAAAACACUGUUGACUAUCUUAACAAAACAAACCAAGUUAGUGAAGUCGUCAGAAAUCCAGGUUUCCUUGCAGAAGCUAAAGUGGGUGCCUGUGUGUAAGGACAGACCUCUAAACUAUCCACAUUCCCUGGAAUGGAAGGGAGAUAACUUGAACAUCUCUUCCCUUUGUGAAAUGUGUGAUAUAUCUCAAGCAGUGUUAGUGGGCUCCUCAGUUGCCCUGGUGGAGAGGAUUUCUGCAGGCAUGAAAAAGGCUCUAAAGUUAUCUAUAGAACCCCAAGUAGACCAGGUACUGCAGCAUUUAAAGGCAGUGGUUGACUGGCACAGAUCGCAGGCAUUCACAACAGAAGACUGGUACCAAUUCCAACAAAUACUCCUUGAGAUUUACGAAUUCAUGCAAGAACAUCUGGAAAGUGCUAGAGAAGUUAUUAAGUCAUUGCCAUUUGCCUGGGUCUGGACAGGGAAAACCUUUUCUUCCCCUGUGCAAACGGUUCUAAAACCCAUUCCUGAUCUUGAUCUGCAGCCUUAUUUGUACUCCCUGCCCAAAACCAUAGCAAAAUUCCACAAACUCUUUCAGUUCUGUGGAUCAGUCGAACAGGUUAUUCCUGAGCAUGUGUUUGAGGUUAUCAGCAUCAUAAAAGAAUGCAGUGAACGGGAAAUGACAAAGGAGGAGAGCAAGCAGAACCUCCUGCUUUUGCUCAACAUCCUCCGAUGGCUUUAUAGCAACCAGAUCUCUGUAGCUCUUGACACGCCUGUACCCAUACUCUACAUCAAGGAUCCACACAGACUAGUCAUGAAGCCCAUACAUGAAUGCAGCUACUGUGACAUUAAAGUGGAUGACCUUAACGACUUGCUUGAUGAUGUGUCAGAACCAAUUAUUUUGGUUCAUGAUGAUAUCCCCAUGAAAACAGCAGAAUGGUUAAAGGUGCCUUGCCUGAGCACUAGACUCAUCAACCCAGAAAACCUGGGCUUUGAGCAGUCAGGCCAGCGGGAACCCCUGACAGUGAGAAUUAAGAAUAUUUUAGAGGAGUACCCUUCAGUUUCCGAUAUCUUCAAGGAGCUGCUACAAAAUGCUGAUGACGCCGGUGCAACAGAGUGUAGCUUCUUAAUUGACAUGCGGAAGAAUCUUGAUAUCCGAGAGAACCUGUUAGAUCCUGGCAUGUCUGUUUGUCAUGGUCCCUCGUUGUGGUCCUUCAACAACUCUGUCUUCUCGGACUCAGACUUUGUAAAUAUAACCAGGUUGGGAGGGUCUAUGAAGAGGUGCGAAGCUGACAAAGUGGGGAAAUUUGGCCUGGGCUUUAACUCGGUGUAUCAUGUCACUGAUAUCCCCAUCAUUAUGAGCAGGGAGUUCAUGAUCAUGUUUGAUCCUAACAUCAACCACUUGAGCAAGCAUAUCAGGGACCGAUCCAAUCCAGGAAUUAAAAUCAACUGGAGCAAACAACAAAAACGGUUAAGAAAGUUUCCUAACCAGUUCAAGCCAUUCAUUAAUGUUUUUAAUUGCAAGUUGCCGCUUUCACAGGAGUUACCUUACAAGUACAAUGGGACUCUUUUUCGUCUCCCCUUCAGAACUGAGCAAGAGGCUUCUGUGAGUGAAAUAAGUGGCCUGUAUUACAAUACCACUGAUAUUUACUCGCUUGUAGAUGAGUUCAGUAUCUGUGGACACAGGCUGAUUCUCUUCACGCAGUAUGUGGGCUCGAUGGUUCUAAAGUACCUGAAGUAUGAAGAGCCGAACCCUGCUGGCUCACAGGAUGUAGUCACCAUAAACAAAUGUGUGUGGUCUUCUAAGGCUACAUAUGGACCAGUAAGCAUCUUGAAAGCAGCUGCAAAGGUGAUGAAAAAGGUUGCAAACACUAACAGAGUGCCCUCUGACAUCCCCAGAUCUGCCUGCAUCAUUAGGAUUGUGGUCGAAGAGUUUCAUAAUGUGUUCAGGCGCAUCGUUGAUCUCCAGUCCCCUCUUUUUAGAGGUCCAGAGGACGAUCCGUCGUCUUAUUUUGAGCUUGCUGCCAAAGGUUCUCAAGCCAAAAGGGGAAGUGAAGAAGUUCCCCAAAAAGCCGUAGAUAUUACCAACUGGCUUAUAUGCUCAUGCAUGGAUGUCGGCGAAGCCCUCAAAUUUUCACUAAACGAAAGUGGGAGGAGGCUUGGUUUGGUCCCAUGUGGAGGCGUGGCUGUGCUGCUUGCUGAAAAAGACGACCAUGUUUGGACGGUAAAGACAAACCCGACUCCUAUUGGGGAAGUAUUUUGUUAUCUGCCUCUCCGAAUCAAGACUGGGCUGCCUGUUCACAUCAAUGGAUGUUUUGCUGUGACAUCAAACCGCAAAGAAAUUUGGAAGACAGACACAAAAGGACGCUGGAAUUCUAUUUUUAUGAGACAUGUGAUUGUUCAAGCAUACCUAGAAGCACUUAACACACUCCGCGUCAUGGCAAUAAAUGGCGAACUAGUCAACUACAACUACUAUGCAGCGUGGCCUGACCCCAGUCUUGUUCAUGAUGACUUUGCAUUGGUCAGUCAAGGAGUUUACCAAGAAAUAGCUAAGGGGGGAGACAGAGAUCUUGCAAAGGUUUUUUCGGAUGGCAAAAACUAUGUAUCCAUCAAGUACGUGCGCUUUCUGGAUGAUUCUUUGCUGUGCCGUCCAGAUAUUGGUCCUGCUGCCUUCAAGAUAUUUUUGAAGUAUCUUAGAAAGAGUGGUUCUCAAGACCUCUGUGCCGUCGAGCUUCCCUACUGGGUUAAGGAAGGAUUUGAAGAUGCUGGAUGCAAGGGCAUGCUCAUGGAAAACACUUUAACAGAGAAGCAGUUCUUCUCAGAUGUCUUUUUCCCACACAUCCAAGAUAUUGAGAAGGAGCUGCGUGACCCUUUAAUGUACUAUGUCCUCAAUGAGAAAGUAGAAGAGUUUGCAGCUAUCCUGAAAGUGACACCAUGUAUUCCAUGCUCUGGAAAAUCCAAUCAACUUGUUGUUCCUUCAAGAGUCAUUCAUCCAGAGGGAAGAGUUGCAAAACUGUAUGACACCAGUGAUGGACGUUUUCCACAGGGAACCUCGUCAGACUACCUCAAUCCAGUAGUGUUGGUCAAGCUGGUACAGCUGGGAAUGGUGAAGGAUGAUAUUUCCUGGGAGGACCUGAUCGAACGUGCAGAGUCUGUUGCAGCACUAAAUGAAAGUGACCAUACUGCAGCAUGUGUCCGUGGCAGUACACUAUUAAGCCUUGUGGAUGAAAAGUUAAAAAUAAGAGACCCAAGAGCAGGAGAGUUUAAAGAGAAGAUUCAGAACAUUCGGUUUCUCCCAUUCUUGACAAAGCCAGCUGGUUUCUCUUUACCAUGGCAUGGGAAUAACUUUCCUCCAUCAACAAUGUUCACAGCUACUGACCUUUACACAACUGAGCACCAAGACACUGUCUGCCUGAUGAAGCCUAUCCUCAAUGAGAACUCACCAUCUUUUAAGGGAUGCGGUCCCAUCACCUUGGCAGUGAAGGAUUUUCUGGGGUUAAUAAAAAAGCCAACUGUCGAACUUGUAAUGAACCAACUCAAAGAACUUUCUAAAUCCUUUGAUGGGGUUACCCUGUAUCAGGAAAAUAUUACUAACGCCUGCUACAAGUUUCUGCAUGAAGAAAUGUUACAGAAUGAUGAUGCAAAAGAAAAGAUAAUGCAAGAGCUUAAAAACUUCUGCUCCAUUCUUGUGGAGAAUACUUAUAUCGAUCCAGCAAAGGUUGCUUUCCAUUUGAACUUUGAUGCUGCUCCAUACCUUUACCAGCUUCCAAAUAAAUACAGAAACACUUUCCGGGAGCUUUUCGAGAAUGUUGGGGUUCAGCCCAGCUUCACCGUUAAGAACUUUGCUGCUGUUCUGGAAGCUGUAAAAAAAGAAUGUGGCCGAAAACCCCUCUCUGAAGACAGCUUCCAGCUCUGCCGUAGAAUUGUUAGCGAAGGAAUAUGGGGUUUGAUCAGAGACAAAAGCCAGGAAUUCUGUCAGAGUACAUACGGGGAGAUACUUUUACCGGAUUCCCAUUCUUCACUCCAGCCAUCUAAAUCUCUCUGUUACAAUGACUGUCCUUGGAUCAAAGUCAGAGACACCACCGUGAAGUACUGCCAUGCUGACAUUCCCAGAGAGGUGGCAGUAAAGCUGGGGGCCAUUCCCAAGCGCCACAAAGCACUCGAGCGCUAUGCAUCCAACAUUUGCUUCACAACUCUCGGCAGCGAAUUUGGACAGAAAGAGAAGCUUACUAGCAGAAUCAAAAGCAUUCUGAAUGCUUACCCGUCAGAAAAAGAGAUGCUGAAGGAGCUGCUGCAGAAUGCAGACGACGCCAAAGCUACAGAAAUUUACUUUGUGUUCGAUCCCAGGAGUCAUCCGACGGACAGGAUAUUUGACGAUAAGUGGGUUCCGAUGCAGGGGCCAGCCCUUUGCGUGUACAAUAAUCAACCUUUUACAGAAGACGAUAUACGAGGAAUCCAGAACCUGGGGCGUGGGACAAAAGAAGGGAACCCAGGAAAGACCGGGCAGUACGGGAUAGGUUUUAACUCCGUUUACCAUAUCACAGAUUGCCCUUCUUUCAUUUCCAACAAUGACAUUCUUUGCAUUUUUGAUCCUCAUGCACGCUAUGCACCAGGAUCAACAUCUGUUAGCCCUGGGAGAAUGUUCAGAGACCUGGAUUCUGACUUCAGAACACAGUUUUCCGAUGUCCUAAACCUCUAUCUGGGGGAACGUUUUAAACUUGAUCGCUGCACAAUGUUUAGAUUCCCCAUACGCACUGCGGACAUGGCCAAGGUUUCAGAAAUCUCUUCUGUACCUGCCUCGGACAGAAUGGUGCAGAAUCUCCUUGAAAAACUGAAAGCUGAUGGCGCGGAGCUCCUCAUGUUCCUUAAUCACAUGGAGAAAAUUUCAAUCUGUGAAGUUGAGAAGGGCACGGGUGAGCUGAAAGUCUUGUACUCUGUGACUGCUAAAAUCACUGAUGGAGACCGUCUGAAACGUAAGCAGUUUCAUGCUUCUGUAGUUGACAGUGUUGCAAAAAAGAAGCCCCUGACUCAAAUCCCUGUCCAGCAGAUCACAUACACAAUGGAUAUUGAAGACUCUGAUGGCAAUUUAAUGACUUGGCUGGUCUGCAACAGAUCUGGCUUUUCGAACACACAAAAAGUCUCAAAGAGUGUGAUUUCAGCCCACAAGAAUGAAGAUAUAACUCUAUUUCCUCGUGGUGGUGUGGCGGCAUGCAUUAGCCACAACUAUAAAAAGCCCCACCGAGCUUUCUGCUUCUUGCCUCUGUCUUUAGAGACUGGUUUGCCCUUUCACGUGAAUGGUCACUUUGCUUUAGAUUCUGCUAGGAGGAACCUGUGGCGGGAUGACAAUGGAGUUGGGGUGAGGAGUGACUGGAAUAACAACCUUAUGACAGCCUUGAUAGCGCCAGCCUAUGUGGAGCUUUUAAUUCAGUUGAAGAGACGCUUCUUCCCAGGCUCUGAUCCUACUCUUACUGUGUUACAAGGAACAGCUAUCCACAUCGUAAAAGACACUCUGAGGAAAUUUCUGUUCUUCUUCCCUGUAAAUCGGCUUGACAUUCAGCCAGAUUGGUAUUGUCUUGUCAAGGCCGUAUACAGCUGCAUUCACGCUGACCUGAAGCGCUUACUGCCAGUUGUUCGGGCUCCUCAUAUAGACAAUACGGACUUGCACGCAGCCAUUUACAUAUCGUGGGUGAAUACGUCCACUGCCCCUAAAGGACAAGCGUUUUUUGACAACCUGCUUCAGGAUGAACUACAGCACCUGAAGAAUACAGAGUACAACAUCACCACACGCAAAACCAUUGCAGAAAACGUCUACAGAUUGAAAGCUUUGCUUUUAGAUGUUGGCUUUAAUUUGGUCCACAAUUGUGAUGAGACAGCAAGUCUUUACUAUUGUCUCGAAGAUGCCGGAAUUCCUGUGAGUUACGUGACUCCAGCAGAUGUUCGUAGCUUCCUUCUCACAUUUUCCUCCCCCGACUCGAACUGCCAGGUGGGGAAACUGCCCUGUCGACUCCAGCAGUCAAAUUUCAAGCUGUUCCACAGUCUCAAACUUCUGGUUGACUACUGCUUUAAAGAUGCAGAAGAAACUGAAAUCAAAAUAGAGGGGUUACCUCUGUUGAUAACAAUGGAUAACAUCCUGCAAGUGUUUGACAGCAAAAGACCAAAGUUUCUGACCACUCACCAUGACUUGAUCCCGUCACGAAAGGAACUUUUCAUGAACACGCUCUACAUGAAAUACAGCAAUAUCCUUCUGAAGUCUGAUGUGGCAAAAGUCUUCGACAUCAGCAGCCUGGGGGAUCUGCUGGGGUCUGUGCUUCCACGGGAGUACAGAACAAGGGCUGUGGUGAAGUGGAAAGACAACUAUGCCAGUGAGUCAUGGCUGAAGAAUGUUUGGCAUUUUAUAAGUGACAAUGUCUGCAUCAAAGAGGAACAAUCUGACCUAAAACCAAAAUUUGAGACUGUUCUAGAUAUUCUGAAGGACUGGGCUUUGUUACCAGGAACAAAGUUCAUGGUUUCCAGCAACAUGUUAGUGGUACCAGAGUGUGAUGUUUUGCUACCUCUCAGCCUGAUUUAUGCAGCUAUUUUUCCAAAUGGACAGAAUGACAAAGUGUUUCACACCUUGAUGAAGGCAGGAUGUAUUCAGCUUGCACUGAACAAGAUCUGCACUAAAGAAAACCCUGUAGUGCCUUUUCUGGCCCAUCACACAGCAAAUAUAGACAAUCCCUCCAGCAUCCUUAAAGCUUUAGAGUACAUGAUUCAGACUUCAGCCUUCAACACAGGGGGCCUGAAGAACAAUGAUUUUGAAGCACUUCUCUUAUACUUCAAUUGCAAUUUAAUCAAUUUGUCUCAGGAAGAUGUGCACAGCCUGAAGUUGCUUCCCUGUUACAAAUCAGUUAGCGGUCGGUACAUCAACAUCUCCAAAUUUGGGUCCUGUUUUGUUCUCACAAAAAGCAUUCCCUCUGCCGAUAUGGAAAAAUGGGCGCAGUCUACAUCAUCUGCCUUUCUGGUUGAUAAUCCGCAGUUGAGGGAACUUUAUGGUUUCCUUGGCUGUGUUCCAGUUGACGACCUUGAAGUUUACUUAAAGCAUUUGCUUCCAAAGUUCGACAGUCUUUCCUAUGAUGCAAAGAUUGAACACUUAAUUUAUCUGAAGGACAGGCUCCUGAGUAUGGAAGAUUACUCCGUAAUUAAGGAUCAGCUAUAUGAAAAACUUGAAAGCCUUUCAUUUAUUUAUGAUUCGACAAGAAGACUAAAACCUGCAAAAACAUUUUUUGACCGAACUGUUAAAGUGUUUGAAGUGAUGCUGCCUGAAAAGGCAUUCAUACCCAAUGAGUUCUUCAAGAAAAUCGAACUGGUAUCAAAGCCCAAGAAUGGAACCUCUUUCCUUGCCACCUGGAUAUCUUUCCUGAGGAAUGUAGGUUUGAAGCAUGUCAUUUCUCAACAGCAGGUGCUGCAGUUUGCUAAGGAAGUUAGCAUAAAAGCUCAGACUGAGAAUUGGUCCAAAGAAAAAACCCAAAAUGUAGUAGAUGUUCUUCUCAAUCACAUUUUCAAUGAGAGAACAGACCUCUUCCUUGGAACAUUUAUUAAAGAGCUUUCGAUGAUCCCAUUUUUGUGCCCAGAACGUGCCACUGCAGAACUUCUUCGGCUUCAUGCUCAGUACCAAGAGAUUAAUGGCACUCUCCCCCUAAUUCGUUUUAAUGGAUCACAGGUGAACCCAAAGUUCAAGCAAGCAGAUGUCAUGCAGUUGCUCUGGACCUCCUGCCCCGUCCUACCAGAAAAAGCUACUCCAGCAAGCAUCAAAGAACAGGAAGGGAGCACCUUAAGUGCACAGGAACAACUAGAUCAGGUCUUGACCAUGCUGAAUGUCAACAUGGAUCCGCCUUUGGACAAAGUAAUUAGCAACUGCAAGAAUAUCUGCAGCAUACCUAACCUAGAUGAUGACAUGGUCAAAACAAGGGUCAAAGUUUUAAGGAGCACUUAUGAAUUUCUGAAUGCAGAUAAGAGGGAUUUUCGCUUUCAGCUUCGAGGUGUUGCCUUUGUUAUGGUUGAAGAUGGCUGGAAACUCCUAAAACCAGAAGAGGUUGUCAUUAAUCUGGAAAAUGAAUCUGACUUCAAACCAUACUUGUACAAACUGCCUUUGGAACUUGGAACAUUUCAUCAGCUGUUUAAGCUUUUGGGUACCGAAGACAUUGUAUCCACAAAACAAUAUGUUGAAGUUCUGUGUCGCAUAUUUAGAAAUUCUGAAGGCAAGCAGCUAGAUCCAAAUGAAAUGAGAACUGUGAAAAGAGCCGUCUCAGGUCUUUUCAAAAGUCUCCAAAAUGAACCAGUUCAAGUCCGGCAAGACUUAGAAAUCCUCAGAGAUUUAACCUUUUAUCUUCCAAGCCAUGAUGGUAGACUAGCAAAAUCUAACACUUUAGUUUUUGAUGAUGCUCCACAUUACAAAAGCAGGAUCCAGGGUAACAUUGGUGUUCAGAUGCUUGUUGACCUGAGUCAGUGUUACCUGGGAAAAGAUCAUGCAUUCCACACUAAGAUGAUAAUGCUGCUUCCUCAAAAGCUCAGGCCCAGGCUCCUCAGUAGUAUUUUGGAGGAGCAAUUAGAUGAAGAAACUCCUAAAAUGUGUCAGUUUGGGGCUCUUUGCUCUCUUCAGGGACGUCUUCAGCUGCUCCUUUCAUCAGAGCAGUUCAUUACAGGGUUGAUUCGCAUUAUGAAGCAUGAAAAUGACAAUGCUUUUUUAGUCAAUGAAGAAAAAGCCAUUCGAUUGUGUAAGGCACUUUGUGAGGGUUUGAAGGUUUCUUGUUUUGAAAAACUGCAGACUACACUGCGGGUAAAAGGCUGUAGCCCCAUUCCACAAAGCAGGUGUGAAACGCUUGCCUUUUUAAAAAGGUACGGGACUGCAGUGAUCCACCUCUACAUUCAGCACUCAGACAGCAAAGAUAUUAAUUUCCUGCUAGCCUUGGCAAUGACCCUGAAAUCUGCAACAGACAAUUUGAUCUCUGACACAUCAUACCUGAUUGCUAUGCUAGGCUGUAACGACAUCUACAGAAUUACAGAGAAACUGGACAACUUGGGUGUCAAGUAUGAUUCUACCGAACCCUCGAAACUUGAACUUCCUCUUCCUGGGACGCCCAUACCAGCUGAAAUUCACCAUAUCCUGCUAAUGGACCCCAUGAAUGUGUUCUACCCCGGGGAAUAUGUGGGGUAUCUUGUUGAUUCUGAAGGAGGGGAUGUCUAUGGCUCCUAUCAGCCCACUUACACCUAUGCUAUCAUCGUUCAAGAAGUAGAACGGGAGGAGGAGGAAAACCCAAGCUUUCUAGGGAAACUAUUCCAGAUUGACAUUGGAUACAGCGAGUACAAGAUUGUCAGCUCGCUGGACCUGUAUAAGUUCUCGAGACAAGACGAAAGUUCUCACAUCCGGGACAGUGCGCCUUCCACACCCACAAGCCCCUCUGAAUGCCCCUCCCCGGGUCCCCGCAUGGUGCCCCCACUCUUCCCAGGGAAGGAGAGCCACAGGGCUGCUCCAUCAAAGCAGUCCCCUCACAAAUUAAAGCUCAAUGCUCUGCCAGACAUCCUCAAAGAAGUGACCUCCGUGAUCGAGCAAGCGUGGAAGCUCCCGGAGUCGGAGAGGAAGAAGACCAUUCGGAGGCUGUACCUCAAGUGGCACCCUGACAAGAAUGCCGAAAACCUGGAAAUAGCGACGGAGGUGUUCAAGCACUUGCAGAAUGAGAUCAGCCGGCUGGAGAAACAAAGCCUGGCAGAGCAGGCUGCCGACAGGGCCUCCAGGAGGCCCUUCUCCACCUCAUCCACUCGCUUCCAGUCAGAGGCCAAGUUUUCAUUCCAGAGGUUUUACACGUCAUGGAACCAGGAAGCCACAAGCCACAAGUCGGAGAAACAGCAGUUCCGAGAACAGUUCACGAGCUACUCGGGAUCUUCCCACUCUCCCCGUUUCUUUGUGCCCCCAACCUUCAAGUCUGUUGGCAAUCCAGUCGAGGCUCGCCGGUGGCUCAGGCAGGCGAGAGCGAACUUCUCCGCUGCGCGGAACGACCUGCACAAGAACGCCAACGAGUGGGUGUGUUUCAAGUGCUACCUGGCCACCAAGCUGGCCCUCAUAGCAGCGGACUAUGCAGUCAGAGGGAAGUCGGACAAAGACGUGAAGCCUGCUGCUCUGGCACAGAAGGUGGAGGAGUACCACGAGCAGCUGGUAGGACUGGCGAAUGACGUGCACAUUUUGGAGGCUUACGGUGUGGACAGCCUGAGGACGCGCUACCCUGACCUCCUGCCCUUCCCCCAGAUUCCCAACGACCGGUACACCUCGGAAGUGGCCAUGAGGGUGAUGGAAUGCACAGCUCGUGUCAUUAUAAAACUUGAGAAUUUUGUUCAGCAGAAAAUAUGAUUCAGCUGUGAUAGUGCUGUGAAGAGAAAGUAAUAUUUAUACCCUAUAUAUAUAUAUGCAUACAUCUUCCAAACGUGGGAGAAAACAAUAGUGGCUGUGUGCAAUGUAGAUGAAAAUAUUAAAGCGUUGAGGUAAAAUUAUGUUUCCAGCUGGCAGCUUUGGUAUGCAGUAUUGUUACUGUAAGUGUGUACGCAAUAUCUUAGAUUACGGCUGCUUCUUAUAUAAAACAAGCAGCUAUCUGAGCCUGAAAAUAAAUUGCUCAUCCUUUUCUUUUCCCGUAUAAAGGCACAGGAUGGCUUUUAGCUGCGUAGCUGUACAUAAAGAAGCCUCAGCAAUUAUUGGACUUUUUUUAACCGAAGGCCCCAUGAUGUAUCUUUGCUAUCUGGAAAAAAAGAUGCUGCUGCAUAUUGUUUUUAUUUACCUUUUAUAAAAGUGUUUUUUCUUGAAUCAUUAUAAAUGUAUUUAAAGAGACAGGAGAAGUUACCUGCACUGGAGAGUUCUUAACAUCUAGAUUUAUAUAUGGAAAACAAAUCAGGAGCCAGGUUUUUUUGUUAAAACUAAAAAUAAUCUCAUAGUAUGUAAGGUCUCCUUAUCAGCUGGACCUGAAAAAAACAAACUUCUAUAUUUUUAUUUGUUUUUUUAAAGAAUUGUAUUUACAUAAGAUUGUUUUGUUCUUCUCCAACGGUACAUCAUUAACCUGCAAUGUGUUUUGUGUGGCAUUUAUCCUGUCAGUCAGAAGUCUUCAUCGAUCAAGAAUGCACUUUCACAAGCGGCUCUUCAAUUUGCACUUGCCUUGUGUAAAACACAGAACUUGUGUCUUCCCUUAAUAUGCUGGGGAACAGUCUAUUAAUUGCAAUUUUGGAUGUCACAGGACAGUAACUGAGUGUAUAGAGUGAAUUCUAUACAUUUAAGAUGCAUUUUGUUUAAGAUUGUUUAGAUGACCAUUUUAUGUUUGUUCCCUGUUUUGCUUUUGGAUCUGCAUUGCACACAUGCAGUACAAGGAUUUUAAAUGCUAACUGGUAGGAGCACAACUGUACAUUUCUGAUGCUGAAUUCCUGCAACACAAGUCUGUUACUUUAGCUCUGCCAAGCCUUCAUGCCAAGUAUCACUAGAUUAUCUUUGUGCUAAAUGAAUGUGUGAAAACAGCUGACCGUCUGAUCAGGCUGCUGGAAUGACAUGGUGUAUUGACUAACUAUAAUCACAGUCAUACUAGGAAUGUUAUUCAAGGAUCAGUUACACAACCCCACACUCUGGGAUUGACGAUCAUCUCUGGAAGGCAGAUUGUUACAUUGAGUCAGGGGCAAUGCAAGCUUGUUAUAAAUUGAGAAUCAGAGUUGUACUUUUUUAUUCCUUGGAAACAAUGCAAUAAGUAGCAGAGAACAUUAUGUAUUCUGCCAAAUUAUGUUUUAUUCUUCUUAUUAUUGUUUUUUUUAUGUUUGAUUUUACGGUACCUUUGUCAGUACUGGAGACUUCUCUUCUUGAUUGAAGGAAGUUGCAGGUCAUAUGUUCAUAUAAGUGGUGCUCACUUUUAAAACAUUUUUUUAUGUUACUGGAUCGAAUGGCAUCACAGCUGUGCACAAACAGCAGUAAGAUGUUUUAAUGUCAUCUUGCAUGUACUGUAUAUGAGUGUAGAUUUCAUUUUAAGACAGUUUUCACUUCAAUACUUUGCUUAUUUAGGUGAAAUCACAUCUUAUUUUGCUUUAAGCUCGCAGUUAAGAGAAAUCCUGGCUAGGAAACGUAUGCCUUUACCGUGGCUAACCCCUGUAUAACUCCAUGCUGAUGUACAGAGUGCCAUAGUUCUAAUAAAGCCAAAAGAACAACA